GGACAGUUCUGUCAUACUGAAACCAACUACUCCCUCUGAGACGUGUGAUUGGCUGGAGCCAGCUAUAUGAAAUACAACACGCGGAAGUUAUUGAGCGAUGGUGAACAAACUACACUGAAAGGCUAAACCGAGUUUCGUUGGCCACAACUGACUUCAAAUAGGCUGGAAUGUCGAUCAGCCAGCUUACCGAACAUUGAGCCGUGAUGACGCAAAGAUGACGGACUGUUAGCUUCAUCUCCAUUCCAGUCAUCUGUAAGAUGGUUGAUGAUUAUUCAAGCCUGUCCGUAGGAUAUGUAGCCAAUUGAAGCAUACAUCUACUCAUUUCCGCUUGAGAACAAUGACGUCCAACGGCUCCGAUGCCCCGUCAGCGGGGAACAACAUGACUGAGAGCAUCUUCUUCUCUUAUAAUAUGAUGACAUUUCAUGAGGAGUUUGCGCCCGCCUCGGUAAUGAUCGACCGCAGUAUUUCCCCUAUCUUUUACAUCAUCGGCGUCUUCUGCAAUCCACUUUCUGCUUACAUUUGGCUCAACAAGAAGACACGAAGAAACAACUCUUCAGCAAUCUAUCUGGGAACUUUGUCCAUCUCUCAUUUUGUGUUCCUCAUUCUACAUAUUUUUGUUGAGCUCAACUAUGCCUGGGGUAUAAAGACUUACAAUGGUCCCAUAUCGUGUGAAAUCUUUAACGUUAUAUACUAUGUACCACAGUACAUGGCUCCAUUGUUGGUGUUGAGUUUCACUGUCGAGAGAUAUAUCGCAGUAUGCCAUCCCUUCAGUAAAGAGAAAUUCUGCACAGUUCGUAGAGCUAUAAUAGCGGUGGUGAUUCUGUACAUAUCUUCAACGCUCCUCUCAGUGAUUCAGGGAUACUUCUGGACAUACAAUCCAAGUCUUGGGGAUUGUGAUCAUAGAGUUGAAGCUAGACUUGGAGGUCAAACUAGUAUUAUCAAUGUGUGGACAUGGAUUUCUGAACUGUUGAUAUUUGCCAUUGUACCACUUGCCGCUCUUGUGUUCAACAUAUUUGUUAUCAAUGAGAUUAAAUCACUGACAAAAAGGGGUCCUGCCUACCAGCAACCCGGAAGUGGAAGUCCAACAGCUUCAACCGUUACCCUUCUAACCGUUUCCUUUUACCUAAUUUGCACAUGGUUGCCAGCUACGCUUGUGUACUCCCUGCAGAAUCUGUUCAUGGCUAAUGAUAGGAUGACCGCUGAAGAGAUCCGAGCGGACCCAGAAUGGAGAAGUUAUUUUAUCUAUAUUACGAUCAGAAAAGCUAUUGAAGAAAUCACACUGUCCAACUCGGCGUGUUAUUUUUUCAUUUACUGCAUAACGGGGAAACACUUCCGUGAUCAAGUCUGUGCAUUAUUCGGUCUGGAAAAGUGUGUUAGGUCCGAGGAAGUACAACCACCUGCAUACAAGCAAUACAUGGCUGUUGCUAAAAUAGACCAUGUUACCAAUGGCCACACGUCUAUUACAAGUGUCUGAAGCUUUGGAUUGAGUCGGGGUUCAGUUUUGUGCAUUCGAUAGCGGAAUUGUAACGUGACACGGCAUACGAAAGCCAUUAUUGGAUGUCAAUGUACUGAUAUAAAGUGCUUGGCGGUAUGUCAAUGACGUCUUCUGACAACCUUGGGAUCUGCGUAGCCAAGACAGAAUGUAGGGAAACAUGCAGAUGCUUCUCCCCGUGAUUGCAUAAUGCAUGUACAUCACCCGCUGUGUUGAUCUUUAUAUGGUACGUUCAACUAGUCUGUCGUUCAUUGGGAGCAUCACUUGAUGAUUCUACAUCUCAGACGUGCUGUGAAUAGAUAUAUUCUAUAAUUAACACACGGUGCUGAGAGUGGACUCAUGGGUUGGGGAUUACAACCCGAAUACCAUGAAUUAACCAUUCAUACGAGCACACACCAUGUAUAGAGUCAUGAAGUGUUAUUGCAUGUCAAUUGCUACUGGUGUCGAUUUAUUCAAGGAUGCACGUACACAAAUGAAUGUGAUGCUAUCAGCUAAAUGUAUAAUGAUUCGUAUAAACACUAUGACGAGAUAUCUAGAUGUUAAAGACAUACUUUCAUGGUGUGCGUUGUUCAUAGUUUUCAUGUAAAGAAUUUUGUUCGGAGAAGGAAUUUGUUGUACAACGACGUACAGCUCACUGAUAUUUACUUUAUCAUAUAUUGUGUUAAAAAAUAUAUGCGUAUACUGUGAGCCAGACACGAUAUAUCGCUAAAAUGUCGCCUACAUCGCUUUCGACAGAUUUACUAAAGUUAAGACAAUAUCAUCACACGCUUUGACAGACCAAACAUGAGAACUGGAAAUGGCACUGGAACAUUGUAACUUCAGAACGUCAUUGCAUAUACCAAAUCCAUGAUUUUGAGAAAGUAAACAUUUAUUCAACAUAGCUGUUUCAACAUAAUUCAAUUGGGAAAUAUUUUGUAUAGUUUGAAUGACGAUAUUUCACGGUGUUUUUCCAUAUAUAGAUGAAUAGUAAGUCUUGAAGUAAGGCUUUAGGAUAUAGUGCUGGGUUGAACCAGAGCAAGUGUUUGUAUUAUUACAAAUUGUAGGAUUGUUGAAUCCUACCCGUACUACAGAAGUAGACGGUACACACACGAGACAUCAAUGGUGCAUUAAGUUGUCUAUUGAACAUUGUAGGCAUUACAGGACUCUGCCAGGAUAUCAGACCCGCCUCAGUCAUCUAAUUAUAUACUUGUAUUGUAUAACGAUAACACUUGUACAUCUAGAUCUCGACGACUCUCAAAUAAAUAGUGGAACCAGGUUAGCGCGGACCAAACUACUGCGGCGUUACAAUUCACAAGAGAACCCUGACAUGAACAAUAAUCCGAAGUGUCAAAAUAUAAAGACUUUGGAUCUUUUGGAUUAUCGAUGUUCCGCUUUUGUUUAAUUAUCAAUUGUUUGCUCUGAGACUUUGUUUUAUAAACACUUUGCAAGGGUUUCAAUGUGUAUUGCCCAAGACAAUCUGUUGAAGUUAUGAGUCUUCCCAAGUGUUACAGUGAAUAUGAGACCGUAAGCAAUGUAUUACAAGAUACAAAAUAUGAAUGCCCAUGUAAGGUGCUAAGUUUGAUAUGGGAAACCCCAUUGUAUAUUUUGAUAAGCAUCAAACAGAAUUGCAAUUGACAUGAAAGUCAUGAAAUUCUUCCUGUUAGUGGAUUGAAAUUGGUAGAUUUUCCGCAGGCACUUAUAUUGUUCAUUGACGUAAAUGUAGAUAGUAAUACUUUAGCAUAAUUUCAGGAUUUGUCCAGUUAAUGUGAAAGAUACGAAGUAUAUUUCAUAGAAUUCGCUCAGUAUGAAUACCUACAAUGUAAGCUGGUUGUUGAGAUAUACUUAUUCUUGUAUAUGUUGCCUACAUGUAUCUGUAUAUGUUAUUUAAGACCACUGUGUGCUCGCACUUUGCAUUAUGUUAAAGAUAUCCGUGGUAAGUAUGGUAUGUUAUGAGAUGAGACAUAUCUAAGAGUUUAUUAACACUAUCUAUUUAAUGAAGGGGAGGUUUCCCCGAAAAUAUUAUUCAAGGAUAGGUACCUCUCGCAUACUACUUCUACAAAGAUUUCAAAGAGCAUUCUACAACUCUUGCCCAAAAGUUGUUUGAUCAGUGUUCUAAUAUACAAGGCCUUAGUAAAGGGUUUUAUGGUAGACAUGUGCAAAGCAUUUCAAAAUGAGGCGCAUCAGUUACAAAAAUGUCUGAUGCGAUUCCCUAUUUUUUGACUUGUACCAUGUGUUCCCGUGUUUUAUAGAUGAACGAUUGCCUUGCCUUGGCAUGUGUUUGUGACGGGUGCUCCCUUUGUGGCUGGGUACGCUCAUCUUUUCACUAACAUCUGGUAUCAUCACUAUUUGAUAGUGAUUCAUAAACACAUGAUAAAGAUAUGGUCGGAAUCUUAGUAACAGUGGAAAUAAGUUAUGAUUAUGGAAAAAAGUUUGUGACUUUUAUUCACAUACUGGUGAAAAUAUCUUGUCUCAUAUAUGCAUGACAAAAGGUCAGUGCAAUCCUAAUGAUGUUUGAAACAAUAACAAUAACACUAACAGGCGACCAUGACAUUUGUGAUGAACGUUAUUCUCGAUGGGGGCUGGUAGAUGAGACAGCACAGCCCUAAUUGUGGAUUUCGUCCAUCAUAUUGAAGAUCGUAGUACUGUUUGAGAUCGAAUUGCGAAUAUGACUUAUCUAUCCCUUGCAAUUGUAUAAAAUGAUUAUUAUGUGUCCGGUUGAACGUUUCCGUUUCACUUUGUUGCAAUCAGUUGCAAUGGUUAUCUGAUCUGGUCAGUAGUGAAACCACUGUGGUGCAUAUGCCGUCAUAUAUACAAGUCGUUUAUUCAUUAUUUUGAUUUGUUGUAUUUAGCAUAAUCAGAUUAAGCAUGAAAAGUGCAUGUUUAAAACAUCAUGUUUUCAUCAUUUACUGUUAUAUAGUAUAUACAUAUAUAUAUAUAUAUAUAUUUGUUAAACUGCCUGUUCAUUCUUAUUUAUGCUAAUUAUUAUGAUCAGCUCAUGAAAUUAAAGUAUUGUUAACUCA